CAGGAAACCGACAACUGGACUAACGUUAAUAGGAACAGUCUUUAAAGCGCUUUUCCGUACAGCAAACGAAAAAUGUUUUUUCACAAUAGCAUUGCAACCCUUAAGCUUGCAGUGCUCUGCUGCUUCGUUCUCUGUAUUUUGGUGCAGGACAUUGAAUCAGUGGAAGACAAGCUGCCUAGCAGUCAGAAGGAGUACACUGCCGAAAUUGCGCAGUUGGCACAACCAUUUGGAUUUGAGGACAGUAUUGCUGAUAACAACAGACCACUGCACGUUCGUAACAAACGUGCAUCGGAAGCUGUUUGUAGGCAACAAAUCUACCGCAUGCAGCGAAUCUGGCAACUGUGUUAUCAGAUGAACAAGGACUACGGAGCCGCAACAGCGACUUGUUUGAAGGGACCCACGUUUGCUCAGAUCGGGUUGAACAUGUGCCUCGGUGUUUCCGAAGGCCAGGAUUUGCUGAAUCUCAUCCGAUACGCCAGAUGGUUAACCGAUUUACGGGACGAAAUCAAGAGAGUCAUUAUCGAAGAAUAAAGUCUAGUCAAUCUGAUUACUGAUUCUAACGAGGCACAGGUUUAUGGAUUGAUAGUACAUACAUUGCACAACAAAGUGUACAAUAUUAAAGCAAUCAUUUUCACUACAGCUGCAUUAAAAUAACAUUUCUAAAUGCAGUUAUUCUUUACAUACCUAGGUAGUUAUUCUUUACAUACCUUUUCUUUGCUAGGUAGGUUGGGCAGUAUGACAAAAACUGGGCAUAUUCGUGUUUA